GUGCACACAACAGCUAGGCUUUUCUAGGAGGUACCCAGCUGACCGGAGGGAAGAGUCGACACCAUGAGCCACGCAGUGACUAUCGAAGAGCCCCAGGUCAACCCGCUGGUGUCUCAAACCCGGUGCGGGGUGAAGUCGGGGGCCUGGGGCAAAGUCUCCUCCAGUCGACCGUAUGAUUUUCUGUACGAUCCGUUAUUUAUUAUCUCAAGUGAGAAAGACCACACACAGGCAAAUAUCCAAGCUAACCUGAUUCGAAACAGACUGAGAAAAGUUCCCAGGUUUAGAAACAUGUUCAGUAACCUGAUCCACUAUCCAAGAUAUUCUCUGUGUUGGAGCAAGGCAGACCCUAUCCCACGAUUCAUCUGUCAGGAAUGGAAGGGACAUAAGGAGAAACCCAGAGAAGCCCUCUGGCACCUUGCCAUAACAGAUACAUCUUUUCAAAUGGCCAAAGAUGUUUAUACAGAUCCUGAAAUAACCGGAAAGAAUCGCUACAAAUACUUUGGAAGGCCUUUCCUUCCACGUCAUCAACAGUUGCCUCUCAGUGUCAUUUUUGCAGCAACUCAGACAGAGCCAUAUACUUUUCUUCCUACUCCUGCUAAGUACCCAUCUAUCCCUUCAAAGUAUACUGUGGGCACUCAGACCGAUUAUCGGGAUGCUGAAGUUCAAACAGAUCCAUAUUCUCCAGAAUAUGUAGUAUGUCAGGAUUCAAUCCCUGAGCUCUUGACCCUGGCUACUCUUACUUGGGGUCGAGGGCUCCCAGCAGGACAGGCUGAGGUUGAGAUGAUAGAACGUGCCCGGGAGAAGCGUGCUUGGGAAGCCACUCUUCCCUGCCUGAGUGACACCUCCCAGUUUGAGAAGCGGAGGAGGAUGAUGAAUGCGAUGGAGAGGAAGGAAUGGGCCUUCAGAGAGCAGGAGAUUGAAAAACUACAGGAGAUUCGCCUGGAAGUCCUAAAAGAGCUGCUGAGGAAGCGUGUAAAGAAUCAAAAUGAAGUGAACAUGAAACACUUGAAUGCCCAGUGGUCUAAACUGCAGGAAGCAAAGGAGGCAAAAUUGGCACGGAUUCAGCAGAAACAUGUAUCAGCAAUCAGGAAACUUGUGGGAAAGGGAAAGAAUAUAGAAGGGAAGUUGGAGAGAAGAAAUAUCAUCAAGGAUUAUUCUGACUAUGCAUCCCAGGUCUAUGGGCCUUUGUCUCGCCUUGGUCGUUUCCCUGACAACAACUCAGAGGACUUUAUAGUAAAAAACCACUAUCUCAACACCUAUGAAGGAUUAGUUGAACUUGAGUCAUGUCUCCCAGAUUUUGUGACACAACCCCGAAUCAGACCUCCAAAGCCAAAAGUCACUACCACGAAAGCUGGUUUUCUCAAGAGGGCAGCAAGAAUGGACCAUGAGUUGGCAGAGGUUCAUAAGGCAAUAUUGGAUAAGAAGAAUAAAGUUAUUGAACCAAAGAAACUUCUGCGCUUUCUUCAAAGAAGGUCACUACCUGAACCUCGACUUCCAACUCCAACUUUGGAAAUGAGUUCCAAUGAAGAAGAAGAUAUAGAGAUGGCUGUGAUCUACCUUCAAAAGUUACUCCGGGGAAGAGUCAUUCAGAACACGAUGUUUGAAGGCAAGGAAAAGCGACUGGAGCUGAUCCAGGAGCUGCGCACCAGCCAUGCACUACAAGAGGAUGACCGGCUGCUGAAGAAAGCUGAGAAGCAAGUGACCCUGGCCUUACAGCGACAGAGGAACUUGCAUGAGCACAAGGUGUCACUGGUUGAAAACCAUUUGGCUGGACUGGAAGGAAGAGUGCUGGCAGACAUGUUUGACUUCCUGUCCAAAGAGCUGGUGAGACUACAGGAGGAGAGGAGGGUCCAUGCUUUCGCCAUGCUGGCCGAGCGGCAGCGGAGGAUACGAGAAGCUGAGGAGAGUGGUCGGCGCCAAGUGGAGCAAAGGCGCCUGCGGGAGGAGGACCAGAUAUUUAAGGAGGUGGUUAAAGUUCACCAAAGUACAGUAACUUCUUAUCUGGAAGACAUAAUACUGAAUACCGAAGAGAAUACUGCAGAGGAACAAGCCAGGGCAGAAAUUGAGAAGAUGGCUGUGGAAAUCAAUGACAUUGCUUAUGAAAUGGAGAGCCGUCGAACUCAGCUUCAGUCAGAGGAGAUUGUUGCUGAGUUGGUUUAUAGUUUCCUGAUUCCAGAGGUCCAAAAGGACUUUGUCAAAGAAAAAGUGAGGAACGCACAGCGGAAGCAUAUCCUUGCAGCCCAUCAGAUCAUCCACAGACACACGGAAGCCAUGCUCCAAAAGAAUUUUGUUGAGCAACAGAAAGAUGAGGUUUCAGACACUGACAAGUUACUAGAGGAAGAAACUCAAAAUGAGAAAAGCAACUAAGAGUAUGAUCUUUUUAAAAAGAAGCUGUACAAAUUGUCAUAAAGAAUUCCAAUAGUCUGUCCUUCUCCCAGGAUGUGCAUAUCUUACUGAUUUGUCAUUGUGUGAUUUAUGAGAAAAGAUAUUUAUUUUCUAUAAACUUCCAAUAAUUUAAAAUAAUUUUCAGUAAUAAUCAAAUGAAGGAGCUUUAUUUGGUGUUUCCUAGAUGCUCUACUUCAAGAGAAAAUUUUCUCAUGUGUCAUUUUGAAGAAGGAGGAGGCUUCUUUUAUUAUAGGUGUCAAAUAUUGAGGGAACUGGAAACAAAGGCUACAGUAGUUCUCAACCGUGGCUGCAUGCUAAAAUCAUUGAGUACUUUAAAACAUUGGUUCUUAGG